GGUCUGUACGGUCCUGCCAACUGGAAAGAAUAACUGGGGAGCAGAAAAGUGCUGUUCUCAGGAUUUAGAAUUUUGCCGGGAGGUCACCAUGCAUGUUCGCUACAAAGGCAUUUGCAUCAGACAUUCUUUGAUUACUUUCAGUUGGAUUCCCAAUCCAUUUUGACAAAAGGAAUAUUGCAAAGCUCUCCCCUCCCUGCAAGAGUCCCACAUGAAACCCUGCAAACUGAAUAAUAAUAUGGAGGGUGAUUUGGAUGCCAACAUGCAAUGCAGAAGCGGGUCGGUCUGCGCAGCAAAGUGUGGCUCUGAACGUAUGGAGAAUGUUUCCAAGCGGAGGCUGGCAGCUAAUGCCAGGGAAAGGAGGAGGAUGCAAGGGCUCAAUACUGCCUUCGACCGCCUGCGCAAAGUGGUCCCCCAGUGGGGACAGGACAAGAAGCUCUCCAAGUACGAGACUUUGCAGAUGGCCCUGAGUUACAUCAUGGCCCUGACCAGGAUCCUCGCUGAAGCCGAGAGGUACAACGCUGAGAAAGACUGGAUUAACUUCCACUGCGAACACUUCCACCCGGAGAACUGCCACGCUUACACAGGGCAGAAGAUGGCGGCGGAAGUUGACCCCUACGCACAGAGACUUUUCAGCUUCCAGCCUGACAGCUACUAAACCUUGUACAGGUCAGAGCGAUCGUUCAAAACCCAGGAACAUGAGCUAGGCAAGCUGCUUAAGGUAAUCUGGUUGUAUUCUUGUUCUCUGCCUGUAAUGUGGAUAUCCUUUGGUAUAAGUUGAUUUUGAACAUUUUGCCAAAUGCUAUGUAUGUACACAGAUCAUGUCUGUUUCCCUUGUUAACUGUAAAAUGUACAUUACUCAUUUUGCAUUGUUUUCCAAAAUGCAGGAUUUUUUUUAGAGUUUACAUGAUUCACUCAUUGCACUGUAUGUUUUUGCCAUGUGGUGUCAAGGAAAUUCACAUUGAACAAAUUAGAUUUAUGUGUAGGCUGCUAAUUCACUGAAAUCGUUGUUGCAGAAAUACAUAUAAUCCCAUUUCUUUAUUAAUUCUGACUUUGAGGAUACAUUUUUUGGUCCCUGGUGACCUCUGUAUCAUAAUAUAGAAAGCAGAUAUACACUGUUUAGUCCUCAGAGAAGUAACUUUCUUAAACUUUGUAAGUUUGCCAUAAUGGGUUCUUCCAGACUCAAUUGUGUAGGUUUACUUGUCUACAGUAUACAAUUACUCUGGUGUAUGCUCGAAAUAGAGCUACUUUCAAAUAAGUGUAUAUAGAAUGUUUAUAUAUUCUCAGUGCUGAAUGUAAAAACAGAUUACUUCAUGUGAUGUAAUGAUAAAAUAAUUGCAUGAAAAAUUAAGAUCUAACCUUUAGCGUUUGCUGAAUAUAGUACAGUUUUAAAAACUUUUUUUCUGUUUCCUUAAAGCCAUAAGAUAUUUUGUAAACUAUAAAUACAUUGUUUUUCUCACACAAAAUGUUAUGUUUUUAAACAGUAAUUGAUAUCCUAUAGUGUAAGUUAAAGAUGCUUUUGUAGUUUGACUGCUGGGACAAUAAAUAUAAAGACAAAUUGCUUAGUAAAAUACUAAUUUUA